AUGUUGUUGUCCGUGUUGCCCUGGCUCCUCCCGUCGGCGCUCGCCGCUCAACCAUCCGCGCCUAACCCCAUCCCCGUUCCUCUACGUGAUCUCGAGUUUGGCCAAAUAAAUUUCCUUCAUACUACUGAUACUCAUGGCUGGCUGGGUGGUCAUCUACAGGAACCAUCCUAUUCCGCCGACUGGGGAGACUACAUCUCUUUCUCCGCGCAUUUGCGGGAAAAGGCAGAAGCUCAAGGUCAAGACUUACUGGUCAUAGAUACAGGUGAUCGGGUUGAAGGGAAUGGGCUCUACGACUCAUCCGAACCCAAGGGCAUAUAUCUCUCUGAGAUCCUCCGCAAUCAACAUAUUGACGUGAUAACCUCGGGAAAUCAUGAACUAUACCAAUACAACACAUCAAAUAAUGAGCUGCUGACGACCGUCCCCAACUUUCGGGGUCAUUACCUCUCCUCCAAUAUUGAUAUAUAUCACCCCACAACCAAAGAGCUGGUUCCACUUGCGCCACGGUACAAGAAGUUCACCACCAAGCUACAGGGCAUCCGCAUCGUAGCAUUUGGGUUUCUUUUCAAUUUCAAUGGAAACUACAACAAUACCGUUGUGCAGCCGGUGGAAGCUACCAUCCAGGAAGCCUGGUUUCAAGAAGCGAUCCAAGAUAAAGAAGUGGAUCUCUUUUUAGUGGCCGGGCAUGUCCCGGCGCAUUCACCGGAAUACCGUGCGAUCUUCAGGGCGAUCCGCAAACUCCACUGGGCCACGCCUAUCCAAUUUUUUGGUGGACACCAACAUAUUCGCGACUUUGCGCAAUAUGAUUCCAAAGCUGUGGCCCUGGCCAGUGGCCGAUUUAUGGAGACUAUCGGGUUCAUGUCGAUCGACGGUCUUUCGACCGCUAACCGGCCAAGUGUGGCUUCAAGCCCCGUGUUUAAGCGACGAUACAUAGAUAACAACCUUUUCUCUUUCUAUCACCACACCGGACUGGACGAAGAUUCAUUCCCGACCGAGAAAGGUCUUGAAGUCUCCAAGAUGAUUGCUGAGGCGCGGAGCGCCCUUAAUCUGGAUAAGAUAUAUGGCUGCGCCCCUCAUGACUUGUGGAUGUCGCGUGUGCCUUACCCCCAUCCAGAUAGUAUCUAUACUUGGCUAGAGACUGAAGUACUGGGAACUUUAUUGAAAGAUGAUUCUCGACGUGAUAUCCCUGCAGUCGCCAUUUUGAACACAGGUGGGAUUCGUUUCGAUAUUUUCAAGGGCGAGUUCACCCACGACAGCGCAUUCAGUAUAUCACCCUUCAUAAAUGAUUUCCGCUUUGUGAAGGACGUCCCUUAUAACAAAGUCCAACUUCUUAUGGAGGUACUCAACAAACAGACCAAGAUCUUGGAAAUGGCACAAACCGAGAACGAUCUAUCUAUGAUUGAUCUCAUGGCCCCUGAUCAACAGGAUCUUGCACAGCAUAUCAUCUCCAAUAAAAAGAAUCCUGGCAACCAAUGGCUUUCCACGGGGCCCUCCGGGGGUCAUCAAGUUCCCCUUGUGGCCAAGCGUGGGGACGCCCAAAUUAUCCCUGGAUAUACGACCAAGGAUGAUGCAGGUACAGAUGGAGACGAUACCAUCCAUUCACCCAUCAGUGCCUAUCAGAUGCCCAAUUGUAUCCAGGCUUUCCUGUCUUCCAAUGACACAGAGGUUCCCGAGACAGUGGAUCUGGUCUACAUCAAUUUCGUUCAGCCGUUCCUGGUGUUAGCUGGUAAGUAUGCUGGCCUUGAUGUUGAUUUCGUCAAAGACAGUGAAGUGUACAUGCCCAACACUACUCUGUCAGAUCUGAUUUUACAAUAUGUGGAAGAGAAUUGGAAGUGCGAGUAA